AUGGUGAACCAUCAAGCUAUCGUCAUGGUGGAAGAUCAAGGAAAUUACCACGACCUGUACCAGUGGUCAGUGGAGUCCUACGCAGACUUCUGGGCCGAAUUCUGGACGUUCAGUGGCAUCGUGUCUUCGCGCAUGUAUGACGAGGUGGUGGACCCCUCCAAAGGGGUGGAGGACGUCCCCGAGUGGUUUGCGGGCAGCCGUCUGAACUACGCGGAGAACCUGCUGCGGCACCCGGAGAACGACAAGGUCGCCCUCUAUGUGGCCAGGGAGGGCAGGGAGGAGAUCGUGAAGGUGACCUUUGAGGAGCUGCGGCAGCAGGUGGCGUUGUUCGCGGCCGCGAUGCGGAAAAUGGGAGUGAGGAAGGGAGACCGGGUCGGUGUCCUGGACCGGUUUUCCCAAAUCCAGCCGAAGCUCAUCUUCUCCGUGGAGGCCGUGGUGUACAACGGCAAGGUGCACGGCCACCUGGACAAGCUGCAGCAGGUGGCCUCAGGGCUGCCGGACCUGGAGAAGGUGGUGGUGAUCCCCUACGUCGCCCCCCGGGAGGAGGUGGACGUCUCCAAGGUCCCCGGCAGCGCUUGGUCUCCGUUCUCUGACUCGGAAUCCAUCUCUCGCUGUCCAGGCGGCACCGACAUCAUCUCCUGCUUCAUGGGCCAGAACGUCUCUCUCCCCGUCUACAAAGGCGAGAUCCAGGCCCGCAACCUGGGCAUGGCCGUGGAGGCCUGGGACGAGGCAGUGCACUCGGCCAGCGGCGGUGGAGCUGGGACCUCAGCGGCCGUCUGUCCAGGGCUGUUUGUGCGAAGCGCUUGCUUCCUGCAGGCUCUAGACGCCUCUGCUGCCGCAGGUGUCUGGGCGCAUGGCGACUACUGCAAGAUCAACCCCAAGACGGGGGGCAUCAUCAUGCUGGGCCGCAGCGACGGCACGCUCAACCCCAACGGAGUGCGCUUCGGCAGCUCGGAGAUCUAUAACAUCGGUAGGCGCGCCCUCUCCGGAGGGUCCUCCAGUCCCCGGGAGGGAGGGUGUCCUGCGGGGAGCCCGAGGUCGGCUUCCCCACGACCUCCCCUUCGGCCCCACGCCUCCCGCCGUGAGUUGGGCACGGAUGAGCGUGUCCUUCCCGGAUGUACCUCGUCCCCGUUUUUGCAGCUCCCAGGACGUCAGGAGGGGGCUCUUUGGGGGGUCCCCGGCCCAGCCGCCCCCCCAUCACUGCCCUGCUCCUGGUGAGCUGUGUGAGGUUGGUUACCUGUGCCUGCUCCUUGUGAGUGAAGGUACAGAGCACAGAGCGGUUGCAUGAGUGCUGAAGGUCACACAGCACCACACAGGGCGCCAAAUACAGGGUGGGCCCCUGGGCCUCACAGCUGCACGCCCCCCAAUGGGGAUGGAGCCUGCAACCCGGGCAUGGGCCCCCACCGGGAAUUG